ACACUAGUAAGCUUCCCGUGUUCGAUGAAGUGUCAUCAAACGUACCUGCAUUUCUUCCUCAUCCGGCCCGAACAAGUCAUCGCUCCAGGACGACUCCCGGUUGCGAUCACACUCCAUGCUAUCUCCAUCGCUAGACCUCGACGGGCCCGGACUUAGUUCUGGCGUGGACAACGGGUCGGAUGUUCCGCGCGAACUCCCAACCCCGAUAUCGAUGUCGAAGGCACCAGCGCGGACGGGAGGGAGCAGUAUGCGUGAAGGUCGUGGCGCAUCGUUCCGACUCUCGACGGGUUGGCGCGGUGUAAAGAAGUUGAAGGGGUCCUCUGAGGUCACAGUUGGAACGAAGGGCAUGCAGAAACCACCUGGACCUGCCGGGGUCGUUAUUGGACGGGGCGCAGGUCCUGUUGCUGCAGGGAUGAACAUGUCAUCUGAGUCUUGCCUAGCCGUGUCUUCAGGGGCCGGCAUCAUGGUUGAUGAUGAACUGACGGCUUGGACUUCUGUGAACUCCUUGGCACGAGCUUCAGCAGCUUCCUUUGCCUCUUUUGCUCGUUCUAUAAUGCGCCCCUGCCUGCCAAUCCCUGCAACGAAUGAUGAGUAAAAGGUAUUGACCUCGUCGACAUCGCACACGCACCUCGUUUCCAAUCCAAUGAAGUCUGACCCCAAUGCCACUUCAGGUGGAGUGCGAGGCCGUUCGGAAGUUUGAAGGUGCGCGGACACAGCGGACACUUAUGAAGUGGUC